UUUAAUAUUUUUAUAACAUAUGUGUUUUCAAUGGAUCAAAUAUUUCAAGAAUUUGCAUCAAAUUUUGUACCGAAUAAUUAUUUAACUAUUUCUUUAGAUGCUAAGAAAAAUGUUUUGAAAAAAUUUCGAAUAAUUCUUGAAAAAAAAAAAAUUCCCAAAAAUGGAUGGAAGGAUGAUGAAAUAGAAGAAUUUAUUAACUAUAUUUCAUCUUUAGAUAGCAAUAAUUUUCCUGUGACCUGUGGCAUUGGUGAAAGGGAAGGUAGAAUUGCAUGUAAAUUAGUUGCCCGGCGACACUUAAAUUUUAGUCAUGGUAUUGGACGUUCUGGUGAUUUAUUAGAAUCACAACCCAAAGCUGCUGGUUCAUCUUUAUUAUCAACAUUAACUAAUUCAUUAGUCUUAGAUUAUAUAAAAAAUAUUGCCGGAGUAAAAAGUACAGCUUCUUGUUUUAUAGUACCCGUUGCUACUGGAAUGGCAUUAAGUUUAUGUUUUCUUACUCUUAGAAAACAGAAGCCCGAUGCAAAAUAUAUUCUUUGGUCGCGUAUAGAUCAGAAAUCCGCUUUCAAAACAAUCACCACCAGUGGUUUUAUUCCAAUUAUAAUUGAGCAACAAUUAGAUGCUUCAAGUGAGUUACAUACAAAUGUAAAAGAAUUUGAGAAUCAAAUUAAUGUAUUAGGACCGGAUAAUAUUCUAUGUAUAUAUUCGACAACGAGUUGUUUUGCUCCUAGGAAUACUGAUAAUUUGGAAAAACUGGCUAUGUUAGCCAAAGGGAAUGAAAUAUUCCAUAUAGUCAAUAACGCAUAUGGUUUACAAUGUAGUAAAAUUUGUCAUAUAAUUGAAGAAGCUCAAAAAAAUGGUAGAAUUGAUUUAUUUGUUCAAAGUACGGACAAAAAUUUUUUGGUACCAGUUGGUGGCUCAAUCAUAGCUGGCUUUAGAGAAGAGCAAGUUAAAAAUGUUGCAAAAACAUACGUUGGACGAGCAUCUUCGUCUCAAACAUUAGAUGUUCUUUUAACAAUUUUAUCGUUGGGAGAGUCAGGUUUUAAAGAGCUAUUGGCAGAAAGAAAAAAUAAUUUUAUUUAUCUUAAUGAAAAUUUAAAAAUUUUAGCUGAAUCAUUAAAUGAAACUAUAAUUAAAAGUGUUAAUCCAAUAUCUAUCGGUAUGACUUUGUCUUCAUUGAAUAUAAAUGAUGUCACAAAAUUAGGUUCAAUGUUAUUUAAACGUGGUAUUACUGGUGCUAGGGUUAUUUCAUGCACAGAUUCAAAAACAAUUGAUAAUUAUAAAUUUGAUAAUUGGAAUAGCCAUUAUACUUCAAAUAAUCCUAAAAUUCCAUAUAUAACUGCUGCAGCAGCUUUAGGUAUGAAAAAAGAUGAAGUUGAUGUAUUUUGUUCUAAAUUGAAAGAGUGCUAUUUGAAAUGUAAAAAUUCGCUAGAAGUUGCAUAAUUAAGU